AUGUAUAGUUCAGGAUUGAUAGCCCUCGCGGCACUGCUUGGCUCCGCCAAAGCGCAGGUAGGAGGUUGGGGACAGUGUGGUGGCCAGGGAUACACCGGAAGCACAUCGUGUGUUUCAGGCUUCGCUUGUACCUCGCAGAAUCCUUGGUAUUACCAAUGUCUCCCAGGAACCGCAACAGCCACCUCUUCAACAACCACUACGGCGCAGACAUCAGCGGUCACUACUACCACCACCAAGGCUCCAGGCACAUCUACUACGCUCAAGACAACCACUGCAACUCAAACAGCGACCAAGACCUCGGCUGCUUCUGGUGGUGCGACGUGCACCGGAUCGUUCAGUGCCAUCUCGGCCAAGGACUACGUGAAGAACUUGCACCCCGGCUGGAAUUUGGGCAACACUCUCGAUGCCAUUCCAAAUGAAGGUUCUUGGAAUAACCCCCCCGUUGUGGCUUCCACCUUCGACUAUGUUCAGAAGGCCGGUUUCAAGAGUGUCCGCAUCCCAGUCACCUACACCGACCAUUUCACUGGAAGCUCGCCAGACUGGACCGUUGAUCCGGCGUGGUUGGAGCGAGUGUCCACCGUAGUUGACAUGGUCACGUCUCGGGGCAUGUAUGUCAUUGUCAAUGUUCACCAUGAUGCGUCUAGCUGGGCUGACGUGACCGCCGCCGGUGCCAAUUUGACCAUGAUUGAGGAGAAGUUCUAUCGACUGUGGUAUCAGGCCGGAUCUAAGCUGGCCUGCAAGUCCAGUCUCGUCUCUUUCGAGCCUAUCAACGAACCCCCUUGCAACACCGCUGCUGAUGCCGCGGAAAUCAACAAACUCAACAAGAUUUUCCUGCAGGCCAUCAACGAUGCUGGUGGCUUCAACCCUCAGAGAGUCGUUACUCUAGUUGGAGGUGGUGAGGACAGUGUGAAGACUUCAGAGUGGUUUGUUGCGCCCACGGGAUUCUCGAACCCUUGGGCCAUUCAAUUCCACUACUACAGUCCCUACGACUUCAUCUUCAGUGCAUGGGGCAAGACGAUCUGGGGCUCCGAUGCCGACAAGGCCGCUAUCACCUCUGAUUUGACUUUGAUGCGUAACAACUUCACUGACGUUCCAAUUGUCGUUGGCGAGUUUGACGCUUCCCCAACCAACACCGAGGCUGCAGCUCGCUGGAAAUGGACCGACCACUUUGUUCGCACAGCUCGUAGCCUCGACUUUGCUUUGGUGCUCUGGGACAACGGACUGGACCAACUUGACCGCAGCACCGGCAAGUUCCGUGACCCCAACUCAAUCUCCAUCAUCAACAAGUCCACGGCCUCUACCGGCAACGCCUUGGCCGAUAGCACGGUCGAUGCAUCGGCGACGUCGCAAUUUUCGUCUGCCUUUAUCUAUCAUCAAUAUGGCACUCCAGUUACGGCCCAGAGCCUACCAUUCAUCUUUAACGGAAACACCUUGACUUCGAUCAGUGACUCCACAGGUGCCACCUUGACCUCUGGCACCGACUACUCUGUUUCAGGGUCAAACAUUGUCUUCUCUGCUUCAUAUCUUUCCAAACAUGUGACCGCGACCACCGCGCCUGGCGUGAUUGCGAGCCUCACAUUGAAUUUCUCAGGAGGCGCUUCCACUCCCCUGGUGCAGCUGGUCCAAUGGAAACCGCCAACCCUGGGCUCGACCUCUGCGGCUGCCUCUUCCGUGUCCGGCUCAGACUUGCACAUCCCCGUCACUUGGGGUGGUCUUCCUCGCUUGGCGACAGUCAAGGCACUGACCAAGACCGGCACGUACUUGGUCGACAGCUGGACACAGUAUCUUGGUCCACUUCAACAAGCCCGAAUGACCUACAACGGCCAAUUCAACUGGGACGAUUCCAGCGUGAUUCUGACUGCGUCGACGAUCAGCUCUGUGAUUUCAGCAGGGAGCUCGACAGUGUUCACAUUCGAGUUCUACCCGCGGGUGGCCAAUGGUGUCAACACUGCUAAUUUCACCUUGACCGUGUGA